ACUAUUGAAACAAACACCGAUUCCCAAAAACGUGAAGAAGAUAAUCAAAAAAAUGAGGAAUGUGAUGAUGAUUCAUCAUCGAGUCUUCUUCUGCAGCACAAAACCACUCUCCAUCCUCGCCUCUCUCACUCAUCCCCACCUCCGUCUCUCCUACUCCGCCGCAGCUUCAUCUCCGAAUCGACCGAUUCACUGCAUGGCCAGCGAUUCCCCACUCUCUCAACCGUUAACCGGCGGAGAUGGUUCCGUCUCCGUCCCUCCUCCUUCUCCGGCUUCCUCUGCUUCAUCCGCCAUCGAUUUCCUCUCCCUGUGCUCUCGCCUCAAGACAACUCCAAGAGCUGGAUGGGGUAAAAGAGAUGUUAAAAAUCCAGAAUCGAUAGCUGAUCACAUGUAUCGGAUGGGUCUUAUGGCGCUUAUCUCUUCAGAUAUCCCCGGUGUAAACAGAGACAAAUGCAUUAAAAUGGCAAUUGUUCAUGACAUUGCAGAAGCCAUUGUAGGAGACAUUACACCUUCUUGUGGUAUCCCAAAAGAAGAGAAAAAUCGAAGAGAAAGUGAAGCACUCGAACACAUGUGCAAGCUCUUGGGUGGAGGAGAAAGGGCUGAAGAAAUCGCUGAGCUGUGGAGAGAAUAUGAAGCAAACGCAUCACCCGAAGCCAAAGUUGUUAAAGACUUCGAUAAGCUUGAGUUGAUACUACAAGCUUUGGAAUAUGAACAGGAGCAAGGUAAAGAUCUAGAAGAGUUUUUCGAAUCAACCGCAGGGAAGUUCCAGACUGAUAUAGGCAAAGCUUGGGCGUUGGAGAUUGCUUCAAGAAGAAGAAAACAACAACAUUAGUUUAGUUCAGUUCGCACUUGAGCUAAAAUACUCUUUCUUAUCAACUUUAAUCGUUUCAUGAUUUUUAAUGUGGAUCUACAAUACAAGGGUAUCUAUGUAGGCCAUAUUCUUUGAGGUAGAAGUCCGAACCCAACCCGGAUAAGUCAGUUUGGAUC